AUGGAGCCACGUCCUUUGCACAUAGCUAUGUAUCCAUGGCUGGCCAUGGGUCACCAAACAGCAUUCCUCCAUCUAUGCAACAAGUUGGCCAUAAGGGGUCACAGAAUCUCCUUCAUCACACCCACAAAAGCACAGGCCAAGUUGGAACCAUACAACUUGCAUCCUCACUUGAUCACAUUCGUUACCAUCACAGUUCCUCACGUUGAAGGUCUUCCCCCUGAUGCACAAACCACUGCAGAUGUCACUUACCCUUUGCAACCAAACAUCAUGACAGCCAUGGAUCUAACCAGAGAUGACAUAGAAACCCUUCUCACUGAUCUCAAACCUCAACUUGUUUUCUAUGACUUCACACAUUGGAUGCCUACCUUGACCAAGAAAUUAGGCAUCAAGGCUGUGCACUAUUGCACUGCUAGCUCUGUCAUGAUUGGUUACACUCUUCCACCUGCCAGAUAUUACCAAGGGAUUGACCUAUCAGAAACUGACCUCAUGGAACCCCCAGAAGGGUACCCUGACUCUUCCAUCAAGCUUCAUGCUCAUGAGGCUCGUGCCUUUGCCGGGAAACGAAAGGACACGUUUGGGAGCGAUGUUCUCUUCUACGAUCGCCAAUUCAUAGCACUGAAUGAAGCUGAUGUGUUGGCAUACAGAACAUGCAGAGAAAUCGAAGGGCCUUAUCUUGAUUACAUUGGAAGCCAGUUCAAGAAGCCUGUGCUUGCAACUGGUCCAGUUAUUCUAGAGCCACCAACCUCAGAGUUGGAGGAAAAAUUCUCCACAUGGCUUGGAGGGUUUGAGGAAGGAUCAGUAGUUUAUUGUUGUUUUGGGAGUGAGUGCACUUUGAGGUUAGAGCAGUUCCAAGAGCUGGUGCUUGGUCUUGAGCUGACUGGCAUGCCAUUCUUGGCAGCAGUGAAGCCCCCAGUAGGGUUUGAGACAGUGGAAUCAGCAAUGCCUGAAGGGUUUGAAGAGAGGGUUAAAGGGAGAGGGUUUGUUUAUGGAGGUUGGGUUAUGCAACAGUUGAUUCUUGCACACCCUUCUGUGGGGUGUUUCAUCACACAUUGUGGUUCUGGUUCUUUGUCUGAGGCACUGGUGAACAAGUGUCAGUUGGUACUGCUGCCUAAUGUUGGUGAUCAGAUUCUGAAUGCAAGGAUGAUGGCCAACAACUUAGAGGUUGGUGUGGAAGUGGAGAAAGAUGACAAUGGAAAUUACACAAAGGAGAGUGUGUGCAAAGCUGUGAGCAUUGUGAUGGAUGAGGAGAAUGAAACCAGCAAGAAGGUGAGAGAUAAUCAUACUAAGCUCAGAGAGACCCUCCUUGACAUAAAUUUGGAGUCUUUUUAUCUUGACAACCUAUGCAGCAGACUCCAAGAGAUAGUUGAUGAAGGAGUUUAA